AUGGGAAGUUACACGGCGGACCAAGAGAUCCAAGACGGAACGCUCACAUUCGACGAAGCAUGCGCACACGUUUCCGGCCAAAAACUACAAGGUCCAGAGAACAAACCUCUGAAGUCGGACCGUGCCACUGGUGACGUUCGCGUCUGCGAUCUGCCGAUUCGCCACCUCGAGUCUAAUCCAACCAAAAUCGAGCAAUUCGCAGACGUACUCUUAGACCAGAAGCUGACUGUGACCAACAGCAUGUUCGACACCAUCUACCAGACUUGCUAUGAAACCAAAUAUGCCCAACUUCCUCAUCCGUUCUGCUUGCGAAAGGAACCAACCGUUCCCUACACCAUGCAGAUCAUCAUUCUGCCCGCGUCUUCCCCGGCAAACUCGGAACCGAGUGCCGAUUACGUCCACAUCGUGAAGCAUGUCUACCUGCAUCGCAACAAGGUGCCAUCAAAAGAUUGCGUAGCAAUGUGCUAUGGCACACCCAUGAGGUUCGACUGGGGCAACAACACUCGGCUGGGUCUGGCUGGGUUGAACUACAUGUUGGAUCGCAUGGGUGGUCGGCAAUUAAGGCACUGGAUCAUCAAACCCAAGUUCGAAAAAAAACUCACCUUGGACCAGCACCAGCGCGCGGAUGGCUAUGCCUUCAUUCGCGACUGUGGUCCUAGGAGCAACAACAAGAACCAGUUCAUGGAGUGGACGGAUGAGCAAAUCCACACUCCUGGUGGAAAGCUCGAAAAUUGGCCAGAAGCCAAGGUGAAGGAAGCUUUGAACAAUUACAUGAAAGGCCGCCAAAACGCCAAGACCCUGGAGUUUUGGCCCUUCACGUUCAAGAGUUUCGUACCUUGGUUUCUCGACAAAGUCCUGAUCAAGAUGUUGCCAACCAUGCGGCAGAAUGCCAUCACAUGGAUCGGUCGAACCCGAACAGGCAAGUCGGUGUCAUCCAAAACCAUACUUUUCAUGCAGUCCAAAUUUGAGAUCGACCUAGCCGAGCGUUCUGACCUUGUUCCAUCAAUCGUGACGGCCAAGCAUCUUGACUUCUUCAAGGCCGAACCCCUCACGAAAUUCAAGCCUGGAGUGUUCGACGAUGGCAUGCUUCAAAAGAUGGACGCGUCCUUCUUGAAGGCAUUCCUGAACCCUUCAGAGGAAGACGCCACCGUGUGGGCAAGGUACUCAUCUGCUCAGUUUGAUCAAGGCGCAGGCCGUCAUGCGUGCAACAAUCCGUACAACCGAGCCAUAGAUGAAGAACUCUUCGCAAGCAUGCAGAAAUCCAAGAUUUGGUCAGUUCCCCAUGCCAAGUUCCUCGACAUGAUUAAGCCUUCCUUCUUAGCUGUGGACGAAGAUGAGGACAUGGAUGCCAUCCUUGCCAGAACCCAUCUUGUACUCCUCACGGACUCAGGUGUCUACUACCGCGUUGCUGGUACAUCGAAAGAUCCUGUGGAUUUCAUCGAGUGGGGCACUGAUCCCAAGGACCUACUCGCCCCCUCGCAGCACACGAUCCUCAAACAGUACAAGAUGAACCCGCAUCUCCACAAAUACCCACAACAGUACUUUGGAGAUCUCGCAUGGUCCCAAGAGCUUCUUCGUCGUGUACUCAAUGGUGAGAGCAUUCCUCGCAGCUCCACAGUACUCGGUUCCAGUCUCUUUGGCGUCCACGCUGAAAGGACUGCUGUGCAGUCUCAUCCGUCGCUUCUUCGUCCCGAUGAGCUCCAUGUGAAAGUCAAGCAAGAACAGGUUGCUCAUGCUUUCCGAACACUCAAGAAGGGUCCGCUCCAGACCAUCAACUUGGAAUCACCUUCUCCAAAGAAGUUUGACAGUGCCAGCUCUACCUCGCCAAUGCCCAAGCGUGCUAAGAUCGCAACACCGGCCUCUUCAUCAGCUCCUCUAAACCCAAGUUUUUUAGAGCAUGAUGUUGACGAUGACAUCAUGCCUGCAGUGGGCCAGCAACCGGAUGAGCUGGAGCAGGAACUGGAGGAACUCAUGGACCAAAUGGACACGGAUGAGUAG